AUGGGAAAAACUCUGUGUUCCACGUCGAGUUAUGCAUGCACAUGCGAAUAUAUGAGUGAAAUAAUGAGUAUGGAAAUGGAUACACAAUAUAACUGCAAAAUUUAUAUACCCAAUCAAACAAACGAAUACACCCACAACUAUUAUACAACUUCCUUAUCGGUACCAAAUCGGACAUUAGAGCGGUCUCAACUAUCCAAUGGUUUAAUAGAAAACAUAGAACAGGAGAUGAUAGAAUAUAGAAAUAACAAAUUCGAAGAUAGAUAUGUCGCCUUCGAAUCAAAUCUAUCGGAAAUGCAACAUGAUCGCAUUAUUCGUGACGAUCACUCAACAACCCCCUACCGUAGGGCUGAGUGCCCAAUCCAUGUUUAUGACAGAGAUGGAGUUCCUAGCCGUAGGGGAAAUGACCUAAACUCUACCAAAGACAGAAAGGGCGAUGAAAUGAUUAACUACAAAACAUUUGGUAACAGCUGUUCCAAUAUGGGAAGGGAAGUGGAGGAUAAACUGAACCGCCUUAUUGCCGAGCGCGUAGUAGAUGGUAAUGACAAUUGGCCACUAGUGCAAAUCCCUUUGGAGAUAAAAUAUGAGGUGUUUCGUAGACGCAGAAAAGGAGAUGCCACAAACGAGUGGAGUAACGCAUAUGAUACAACGCAGGAUCCAUUACAAUGUAAUAUGCCAGAUCCUGAAUGUGACAAUGAACCCAUAUGUUGUUAA